AAAAAAUCCAUCAUUCAGAGAAAUAAAGUUAGUUUACCGAUCACAACAUUCCUAGACUGUUUGUUUACAAGUCUCUUCGAGUCAUUAAAGAGUGUUUCUGUGUUUGUUUAUUUACAAAUAAAGACAAAAUGUUAAUCCUAGCACUAGUGAUUUUAACAAUUAUUGUGGCUUGUUAUUGGUAUUUAGUGGCACCGUUAAGUCAUUGGGAAAAACGUGGUAUACCUUACGUAAAAGGGUAUCCAAUUGUGGGUAAUUUUUUUUGGAAUGCAAUUAAAAAAACAUAUUUAGGAGACGAGUUGAUUAAACUUUACAAUGCACAUCCAGAAAAAAAAUGUUUCGGAAUGUUUUUAUAUGGAAGACCUGCAAUAUUUGUUCGUGAUUUAGACAUUAUGAAGAAUGUUUUUAUUAAAAAUUUUGAAAAUUUUGUUGAUCAUUCCGAUUCGAUAUUGUUGGAGGGUAUUAAUCCGGUUGUAGAUCGAAAUCUAUUCUCUUUAAAAGGAAAUGAUUGGCGAGACAUGAGAGCAACUUUAAGUCCUGCAUUUACUGGGAACAAAAUGCGUGGAAUGUUUCAAUUAAUGGUUGAUGCUGGAGAAACUUUUGUUAAUUACUUUACAAAUGAAGCUAAAAAAAAUUAUGGGAAGCCAUUAAAUGUGGAUUUAAAAAAAAUCAUGACCCGACUAACAAAUGACGUUAUUGCUACAACUGCUUUUGGAAUAAAGGUUGAUUCUUUACGUGAUCCAAAUAAUGAAUUCUAUCAAAUGGGUGGAAAAGUCGCAAAUUUUGCAACAUGGCGAUUUCUUUUAUGUAAUUUUCUCCCUAACGUAGCUAGAUUUUUCGGUAUUGGUAUGAUUCCUAAUGAACCUAUCGAUUAUCUACGAAAGAUCGCACUUGACACCAUUAAUAUUCGAGAACGUGAUAAUAUUUACCGUCCAGAUAUGUUACAACUGUUGAUUCAAGCUAAAAAUGGUUCAUUAAAACAGACUGAUACAAACGAAGAAAUUGAUAAAGCAUUUGCUGCCGUGGAAGAAUCCAAAAUAGUUCAAACAAAUAAAAAAAUUCAUUUGGGAGAAGAUGAUUUAGCUGCACAAGCAUUAAUAUUCUUUAUAGCUGGUUUUGACACUGUAUCGUCUGCAUUGUGUUUUGCUCUUUAUGAACUCGCCCUCAAUACUGAGAUACAAGAACGCCUUUACAAAGAAAACGAAAAAGUUCUGAAUGAAAAUAAUGGAAAACUUACAUACGAUGUGUUAAAUAAAAUGAAAUAUUUAGAUAUGGUUAUGUCCGAAACAUUACGAAAAUGGCCACAAACACCUUUUAUCGACCGAAUUUGCAUCAAACCAUAUACUGUUGAAGUAGAAGAUGGUAAAGAAAUUACCUUAGAUAAAGGAACAUUUUUAUUUUUCCCAGGAUGGGCUUUGCAUCGUAACCCUGAAUACUACCCCAAUCCAGAUAAAUUUGAUCCAGAACGUUUUAGUGAUGAGAAUAAAGAUAAAAUUAAUCCAAUGACAUAUUUACCUUUCGGAACUGGUCCAAGAAAUUGUAUUGGGUCAAGGUUUGCUUUGAUGGAAGCAAAAAUGGCAAUUUUUUACAUGGUCAAAUAUUUUGAACUUAUUCCAAAUGAAAAAUCAAUAAUUCCACCAAAAGUCUCAACGAAAAGUGUGCUUCCAACUUUAGAAAAUGGAUUCCAUGUAGCGUUAAAAUUAAGAUAACAUUAAAUAAAAAUAACAAAGAUAUUUCAUAU